AUUACGAAACAAAUGGAGUAUUCCACAAAUUUCCUUAACACCCUCUCUUGAUCUCUCUUCCCCAAAUAGAGAAAUCCAGAAAUUAGAGAAGCUAGAAUAAAGUGGUUUAUCCACAAAAAUGGCGGUUACCUCAAUUUCAUGCAUUCCUUCACUACUUUUUCAACCAAAAUCCAAUCCACCUAAAUUCUCUCUCUACUCUUCCUUCACUACACCUAAAUCCAAUUUCUUCACAUUUACUUCCCGCCAAAAUCUCAUCAAUGCAAAGUUUGUUAAUAAUAUUAGGUACCCCAUUACUUUGCUUAAAGCUCAAGCUUCCUCUUUUAAUGGCGAAAAACAGCCUAUGCUUCCUCCUUUCAAUAUUCUCAUCACCGGCUCUUCCAAAGGGAUAGGGUAUGCACUAGCUAAAGAGUUUUUGAAAGCAGGUGAUAAUGUCAUUAUUUGUUCAAGGACAGGUGAACGAGUAGAAUCAGCAGUUCAGAGCCUAAGAGGAGAAUUUGGGGAUCUGCGUGUGUGGGGUACCAAGUGUGAUGUGAGGGAUGGGCAAGAUGUGAAGAAUUUAGUUGCAUUUGCACAGGAAAAACUAAAAUACAUUGAUAUAUGGAUUAAUAAUGCAGGAUCUAAUGCAUAUAGCUAUAAGCCUUUGGCAGAAGCAUCAGAUGAGGAUCUGAUUGAGGUGGUCACUACAAAUACCCUAGGCUUGAUGCUCUGUUGUCGAGAGGCUAUGAAGAUGAUGUUGAACCAACCUAGAGGAGGUCAUAUAUUCAAUAUUGAUGGUGCUGGUUCUGAUGGAAGACCAACCCCAAGAUUUGCUGCAUAUGGAGCAACGAAACGCAGUGUGGUGCAUCUGACUAAAUCGUUACAGGCUGAAUUGCAAAUGCAGGAUGUGAAAAAUGUGGUGGUGCAUAACUUGUCGCCUGGAAUGGUCACAACUGAUCUUUUGAUGUCGGGUGCUACAACAAAGCAGGCAAAGUUUUUCAUAAAUGUUCUUGCAGAACCUGCAGAAGUUGUCGCAGAGUAUCUUGUCCCUAACAUUAGAUCAAUUGCUGGCAAUGGAUCAACAAAACCAACAUACAUACGGUUUUUAACUGGGGUGAAAGCCUACUCACAGAUCUUCUCAAGAAUUUUUUUUUGGUGCCAGGAGGAAUAGAUAUGUGCUUGAAGAUUGAAAAGCUUGCAGCUCAAAUUUAUAGUAUAUUAUUAAGUUUCUUCUCUAUUAUUUUGCCCAUUUUUUAAUUAUAUGGAAUAUGAGAAGCGGUUAUAUAAAAUCUAUAUUGAUUUAUCACCAAAAUAUAAAUUGUACCAUUUGUAUACUUGGCAGCUCGAGAAGGAAGCUAUCUUUAUAGAAAACUAGUUUUGUGACGA